UGCAGGAGGGGGAUCUGGUCAGGACCUCUGCCCCAGGACUCUGCUUCUUCUCAGGACCAUUUCUUACCCCCUUGUCUCAGGGUUCUCCUGUGCAGGAGGAGGAUCUGGUCAGGACUUCUGCUUCUUCUUGGGUCCCUUUAUUACCCCCUUGUCUCAGGGUUCUCCUGUGCAGGAGGGGAAAUCUGGUCAGGACUUCUGCUUCUUCUCCAGGACCCUUCCUUACUUUUUGUUGCAGGGUUCUCCUGUGCAGGAGGGGAUCUGGUCAGGACCUCUGCUUCUUCUCCAAGACCCUUCCUUACACCGUUGUCUCUAGUGAAGGAGGGGAAUCUGGUCAGGACCUCUGCUUCUUCUCCAGGACCCUUCCUUACCCCCUUGUCUCAAGGUUCUCCUGUGUAAGAGAGGGGAUCUAGUCAGGACCUCUGCUUCUUCUCCAGGACCCUUCCUUACCUCUCUGUCCCUGGUGCAGGAGGGGGAUCUGGUCAGGACCUCUGCUCCAGGACUCUGUUUCUUCUCCAGGACCCUUCCUUACCCCCUUGUCUCAGGGUUCUCCUGUGCAGGAGGGGGGGUCUGGUUGGGACUCUGCUCUAGGACGCUGCUUCUUCUCCAGUUACCUCCAUGGACUUGCUGUCACCUCCUCUCCGGGACAUGGAGAUCCAGGUGGACGGCUCCCUCUGCUCCUUCUCAGCAACUGAGGACUUCUAUGACGACCCCUGCUUCAGCACCGCAGACAUGAGGUUCUUUGAGGACCUGGACCCCCGGCUGGUGCCUGAGGACCACCUGCACCAUGCAGAAGAUGAGCACAUCCGGGCCCCCAGCAGCCACCACCAGGCCGGCAGAUGUCUGCUUUGGGCUUGUAAGGCUUGUAAGAGGAAGACCACCACUUCGGACCGCAGAAAGGCGGCCACCAUGAGGGAGAGGAGGCGACUCGGGAAAGUCAAUGAGGCCUUCGAGACCCUGAAAAAGUACACAUCCAGUAAUCCGAACCAGAGGCUGCCCAAGGUGGAGAUCCUGCGCAACGCCAUCCACUACAUCGAAAGUCUGCAAAGCCUCCUUCGGGGGCAAGAGGACCCUCACCACAGAGAGCCCGACAGUGGGGACUCGGAGGCCUCCAGCCCGCGGUCAAACUGCUCGGACGGCACAGUGGAUUACAAUCGAGCUCCCAGUAACACCCAGAGGAGGAACAACUUCCAUAAAGACUACUACUCCCAAGUAUCAAAUGAUACACGGAAGAUCUCUGUCGUCUCCAGUUUGGACUGCCUUUCCAGCAUAGUGGAGAGAAUCUCUACAGAAAGUCCACACUGCCCUAUAGUGCCUGCACUGGAGAGUGCUUCUGAAGACAGUCCAUGCUGUGCCCUCCAGGGGGAGCCACUGAGUGAGCCAUGCAUCAGCAUUCCCUCCCCUGCUACGGACAGCUCCCUUUAUCACGCCUUGUAGAAGCAGACCGCCAUGUUUACGUCUGACGCUCCUGGACACAAUCACAUUUGGGCUUCCUAUUUAUUUCCAGUCCGGGGCCACCGACAUGAGGUUUCUUACCUCGGACCUGACCACUGUAGUCUGAAGCAUUCACAGGAAGCGCUGGAGCUCCCAGAGAAUGGAUGUCGUCAGGCCGAGGCGCCAAGGUUCUGUGCGAGGUUCUGGACCACUUUUCUAUCAUUUUCUAUGUGUAAAUAAGAUAUUUAACGUCGCUGACGGGUUGUUGUGUACAAUGCUGCUUUUAUAUAUUUAUACCGUGUGAACACUGCGGUCGAUUACCGCACUACUCUGAAUAAAGCUGAUUAUUUAUAA